UCCCACGUUGUCAGCUUAGGACUUCUGCAUGCGGUGCUCCAAUCAGCCGUGUUGGCAGGACUGGAUGACCAUCGUCGCCCCGAGCAGUGUGGGCGCGCAUGCGUAGCAGCACACACCACGAUGAUCCGAUGGACGCGUGUGUACGUAUGCGGCGUGCACGUGUGCGCACGCUAUCCGGAAGCCACAAACCUCCGCUCUACCACACCUGCGCACCUGGGCAAGCGGGCUUGGUGAGUGAAAGCGAUGCUUGCCAAAUCGACAGCUAAUCUGACUGGAUUAUUUACACGGACAUCACACCUGGUAAUACUCGCAUGUGCCGUAUGGUCUCACCAAUCUUUUCCGUCGGGCAUCCAGUAUUGCCCGCCGCGACCCAAGGAAGUGGCAAUCCCGUCUGGUCGAACGUCUCCAAGCCACAGGGACCGAUGGCGUCCUGCAGACUGGCGAUCACCAUGCAUGAGAUGCUGUAGGUCAAGCCACUGCGAUGUAUCGUUCUGGGCUUCAGAUUGGCGAGGGACUGGCGAAUGUAACACGUAAAAGCGAAUGCUUUAUUGAAUGCUGUUCACAAAUGAACUAUUG